AUGAUCAUGUUGACAUCAAAAUUUGUGAUCGUGGACCUUAAGGAGUCUGUCAAAAAGACAUUAAAGAAUUAUGUUUUACUUUUUUCUCUGAAGGAUGUUAUACCUGGACUUAGUCCCUUGCUCUUCAGGAAGCUCAGUAAUCCUGACAUAUUUUCAUCCACUGGAAAAGCUAAACUUCAACGACAGCUUAGUCAGGAUGACUCUAAGUUACGGAGAGGAAGCCUGGCCAAUUCUUUGUCAGGUAAGCAGCUGCUCCCCUUGUCCAGCAGUGUACAUAGCAGUGUGGGACAGGCAACUUGGCAGUCUUCAGGAGAAGCAUCAAACCUGGUUCGAAUGAGGAAUCAGUCCCUUGGACAGUCUGCACCUUCUCUUACCGCUGGCUUGAAGGAGUUGAGCCUUCCCAGAAGAGGCAGUUUGUAAGUAGAUGAUUAUUACAUUAGUAGAGGC